CUCAAUGCACUUGUCACUAGAUAUCAACAAAUUUUGCACGUCAUUUAUAUUUUGAGUGAGAUUGUGAUCAAAUGGCGUCUUCAAAAAAUUUGCUCUUUCUUUUUGGUGUUCUUUUCGCACUUGUACUCCUCAUUUCCUCUGAUGUUACAACACCAGAUCAGGAGACCACGAAGGCCACUGGUGUCCACGAUGCCAGUUCAGGUGAGGUUCAUCAGGAUCCUGUAGCCGAAUAUGUUUGCGCAUUUGGUUGUUGCCGCUUUUUCAGAGGAUAUUGCUUUAGAUGCUGUCCACCUGCUGAGAAGACCCCUAAUGUUGAAUUUGGAGAUGAGGUUAAGAAUUAAAGCUAAGUCAAUAAGGAUGUGAGAUCCGUAGCACCUAUAUUAUUAC